UUUUUAUAUUAAUCAAAAUAUUUACUCAGUUAAUUAAUUAUGAAAAAAAAGACUUAAAAAAAAGUAGAAUAAACAAAAAGCUUAGUAGACAGGUUGAGGUCAAUUUAACUAUGGCAAAUUAUACUAGGUAUAAUUGUCAUAUUAUUGGCCAGAAAUUUUUAUUUAAACAACGAUUUGCAUCCAUAGCAGCAGAAUUCAAAUGAGUUUUCUUAAGAUGAUUAUUAUGUAGAAAAUAUGCAUGGGGAAGCAAAUUAUAUGCUUAAAGAUAAUCUCAAAAAAUUGGCACACCCUGAUGUUGGAAAAUAUAAAAAGAGAGUUUCUUAACCUUUGGAUUAAUUUUGGUAAGGAAAGGAAAAAAUAGCAGAAAGAAUUGCUUCUCUCUUUAACGAAUUUAAUUAUAAAUAAAUGGAUUUGCAAAUACAUUUUGAAAAUAGCAGAAACUAUGAUAGGCCCUCUUUAGGUAUAAUCAGUGAUCCUGAGUAUUGUAAAAAAAGUAAUAUGCAUCAUAUUUUGCAUCCUGAGUCAAUUUAAAAAAACUAUUUGAUAUUUACAGAUUUUGGAUAUAAUGAAUUGCCAAGAGAGGUUGCUUAGCAAUUUGGUGUUGACUUACUUCCUUAAGUUUCUUAGUAAAUGAGUGAUAGAAAAUAAUAAGAAAGAGUAUAUAAUCUACCAGUCGAAACUGCUUUGAUUCACUCUAGAAUAUCUAGAAUACACCAUUUUUUUGAGUUUAAUAAGAAUAUUAUUUGCACAUAUUAAUCAGCAAAUCAUAUUCCAGGUAAAUGGUCUAUCACUGGAAAAGAUUUAGUCAUAGAUAAUUACAGACUUUACUAGUAAAAACCAUUUAUUAACAAGGAUAAAUGCUGGUAGCAUGUUACAUUUAUGCCAGAGUCUUAUCGUUUAUACAAUUCAAACGAAUGCAAGAGUUUUUUCAAAUUUCUUUAAUCAGAUGAAUACAAGGAAUUAAUCAAAAAAGAUGGAAUAGGAUUUAUAAUGAAGUAGGGAAGAGAUAUUCAUCGUGGUUAAGGAAUUAAUUUAAUUUCUCCUUAAAUUUUGUAAGAUUUGAUGAAGAAAUACAAUAACGGAAACAAGUGUGACUCUAUUCAUGAAGUUUAUCAAGUUCAAAGGUACGUUAAUAAUCCUAUAUUGCAUGAUAACAAGAAGUUGGAAGUUCGUAUUUACUUUUUUAUUGCAAGUACUGAUCCUUUGAUAAUCUAUGUUUAGAAAUUAGCCCUUCUUAAAAAAUGUGCCAGCGAUUAUAAUAAAUUCGAUUAUGAUUUUUCUAGACAUGUUUGCAAUACCUCAAUUAGUAAAUAAAUAACUGACUCAUUCGUAGUUGAAUUUGCUCUAGAAGGUUUAGAAAAGUACUUACUAGAAAACAAUAAAAUCACUAACCCUAAGUGGCUAGAAGAAGAAAUUUAUCCAUAAAUUUACAGAGCAGUCACACAUUUGGUAAGAUCUGGAGCUCAUGAUUUUUUGAUUGACUCUCGUGUGAAUGAAAACUUUGCUUUAGACUUUUUGAUAGAUGAAGAUUCAAAAGUAUGGUUCUUAGAAAAUAAUCCUAAUCCUCAAGUACUAAGAAGCUCUGUAAAAAGAACAAUGAGACAUUAUGUAAUGUUUGGUGACUUAUUUUAAAUCCAAUUCGCAUACCUUCGUAGUCGUGCUUAAAGAUUAAAUUAGCUUGCCAAAGAAAUGGCAGAAGAAAUCCAAAAUAACACUUUUGACUAAAAAGUCUAUAAAAUUAAAUUCGAAAAAGCAAAUAAAAACUUUUUAGAGCCCGAGUUUGAAUAGCAAAUAAGAAAAGAUAGCAGCUAUGUUAAAAUAUAUGAUGAAUCUUUAGAAGGAGAAUAAAAAUUUAUGGGGUAUCUUCCCAAAGAAUGUUUGUAUAAAAAUCAAUUAUGAUUUAAUAAAUAAAUAAUUUAUUUUUUUUAAAAAAAUUUUUUUGUAUUGAAAUUUCAUAAACUGCUUGUUUUCAGUAAAUAUUAAUUUAAAUUCGGAUUUUAUUAAUUUUUUGAACCAAAAA